GCAUAUCGAUAAAAUACCAGCAAGAACAUUGUGUACACAGUAACAUUAUUGCCUAUCGAUAUUUCUCUAACUCGUCUAUUAUCUUACAAAUUGACAAUUAAUAAAUUACAAUAGUUAAAAGUAAAAUGUCGCUCAACUACGAAGAAAUGAGUUGGUCAGAUGUGCGAGAUCAGUUUAGAAAAUGGCGUGAGGAGUCUGGACGACACAGUGAGGAGGUGGUACAAUUGUGGGUAGCCGUGCUCGAGGACAAGGUCCAUAAAACAGGCAAUGAAAGACACUUGAUACUUGAGCAAGUCAUUGUUGCUGCUUUGGAUACCGCACGUUUCGACAUUGCUACAAAGUGCACAAAGCAGCUCAGUGCCGAGUUUCCUGGUAGCUUGCGAGUAAUGAAGUUUAAAGCAAUGCGAUUGGAAGCGCUUGAACAAUACGAUUCCGCCAACGAAGUUUUGGAUGGUAUAAUUGAGAAGGAUGAGACAAAUGCGGCGCCGCGCAAAAGGAAAAUAGCUAUAAUGAAGGCACGGGGGCUGCGCUUGGAUGCCAUAAAGGAACUAAACGCAUAUCUGAAAAAAUUCAUGUCAGAUCAGGAAGCAUGGCAGGAGCUCUGCAACUUGUACUUAAGUGAGGGUGAGUACGGUAAGGCCGCCUUUUGUAUGGAAGAAGUACUGCUACACAACCCCCACAGUCACCUGAUACAUCAGCGACUUGCUGACAUCCGCUACACUAUGAGUGGAGUAGAAAAUAUAGAAAUAGCACGCACGUAUUACUCGCAGGCUAUCAAGCUGAAUCCUCACAAUUUGCGAGCACUUUACGGUUUGUUUUUGUGCUGCAGCUUUUUGGCUAAUUCGAAAGCUGUAAGCUUCAAGCGUAAGGAGUCUCAAAAAUUGGCACAAUGGGCACUGGAACAGGCUUUGGACCACACCGCCAAGCGUUCAUCGAUAAAUAACAAUGACAAAUGGAUAACAUCCUUGGAUUCUGCAUUUGGUACUCUCGAGAUCAAGUCAAAUUGACCUGCAGUUUCUGCUGAUAUAGUUAGCAUAGAUGCAAUACCCAACAAAUCGUAAACUUUUCCAAAUAUGCUUUAAAAUGUAACUAUAAUUUUUAAAGCAGUAACCACCCUACCAUACACACAUAUAAUACGUGCUCAUGAAUUUUAAUAUAAGUGAAAUUCGAGCUGAAUCAAAAGUUGUAGUUCAGCCAACCGUCUAUAUUUCAUUUUAUAGUUUUGUUAUUUUUUUUUGCCAUCAGCUCGAUCAACUUGUAAGCGUAGAGUGCAUUAAUAAAGCUAGGGAAAUUGAUAUGAAACUGGUAAUUUAAAAUUCAUUGUUGUCAACCUCAUUACUUGAUGAAUAUCACAUAUUGCCGUACCAACCAAAAAUUUCAUCAAACGUAUAAUAAAUAUAAUAUAAUAUAAAGUAUUCUUGAUCAGUAUUUAUGGCAGUAUUUAUGUCGGAAUCGGCCGGAUCAGAUCUGUACAUCAUAAAAAAUUGAAAUUACCAAGUUUGGUAUUUAUUAGUUCUACUUUGUAAACCCAGCAAUAACGAGCUUAACUAUUUUCCCAACAUAUACUAUUUCUAACAAAUCGACCUACUUUAUUAUAUGUGUACAUGGGAAUUUAAUUUAAUUUUAAUUUCGCAAGCUUGUCUUGCUCUUAUAUUCUAAAAACAUUAUUUUUUACCUAACACUCGGUUAAAAGACAGUACGGUAGUGGGGACCUUGGAACCUGUAUAUAUAUAUAUAUAUAUAUACAUUUUUUUUUUCUGAGUUCACGAUAGUCGGACAUUAAUAUCGCUACAAGAGUAGUAGUAGUAGUAUUCUUCAUGGGAAUGUCAGCAUAAAAUUUUUUGGUGUUAAAUUUAUACGUUCUUCUUUAAAAAAUAACGAAAUAAAAUAUUCUUGGUGUCAAAUUAGUGGCCAAUAUGAGACCUGGCUGUUUCACAUGCAAAUUCCUUAAGCUUAUUUCAAGCAAACCGGCAAUAUUAAAUAAAACCACAAAUCGAAUGAGCACAACAACACGAGUCAAGUAGCAAAGAGAAGACUUACUUGCAAGUAUAGUCGUUUUUAAAUAUAAACAAUAUAUUGUGUUACUUGUUCUGACCUCAGUUGAAACUUUGUUUUUGUCCGUGUGCAUUUGUGCAUUUGUGUGCUUGUGAUCACUGAUGUAGUGGACACAUCUUCCCUUUUCAAAUAAUUUUUAUACUUUUGCAAGUUUAGCAUGUUUGCUUUGGUAUAAGACAAUAGGUCUAGACAAAAAAAAAAACAGUAUGGCUCGAAUUUAACUUAUAUACGCUUGGGUCAGUAGGUGUUCGUACCGGUGAAAUCGAAUGUAUAAAUCUCGUUUGCCAUUUCGAAGGGAUUUGUGCAAGGCUCUAUUGGGCGUCUCAAUCAAAUAAUUUUCAAGUUCUCACGUAGUCUAAUUUUUUAAAUUAACUGAAAAGAUGUAGCUAAUUAUGGUUUUUAUGGAAAUCAAAUCAAACAGAAGUAUUAUUUUCAAGUGUUUUGUUGUAUUUUUCGCAAUGCAAUUUAAAUCCAUUACAAUAAGCAAAGCUUAGUAUGUACAUAUUAAUACAUAUGCAUAUAAAUAGAUUAUAAAUGUCUGUAGGUGUAAUCGGGUGCAGUGGAAUGCCAGCUUGGACAUCGCAAAGGCCUGUAAGCGGCACUGAUAAUCAUAUUUUACCCAGCCGAACUAUAAAUAACAGCUUAAGACGCUAUCUUACUGGCACUACAUCUACACGACUCGUUCGCCAGGGUAAUAUUUUCUAUAGAUUUUAGUUUGAAGAGAAGCAAUAUUUUCAAUAGAUUUUAGUUUGAAGAGGAGCCACCUCCGCUUUGCGCUUUUUUUACUGGCUUAAGGCGGAAAAAUUCCUUAAAGCUGAUCGUGGGAGACGUGACCUUUCUGCCUCUACAUGGCUUUUCAGAUGUACUGGUGGAUUCGUGCCCCUGCCCUAUCAUAGAGGCACACGAAGACGAAGCUUCGGCCUUUCGAUUUUGGUUGACGUGGUCCAUGUUGCGAUCUGCAUUAUUGAACGUAUACCGUGACACACCGUCCAGGAACUUCAGAUUAGGAAGCACUUGAAAUAUGUAUUCGCGGGCAUGUGCUACGGGCAUCUCGGAGCCCUGGUUUUUGAACACAGUCUGGAUUCCAGGAUUCCCCAUGCAGGAAAGUUGUUCUAAUGAGGUACAUUGACGCUCUAUGCGAUGAAUCCAGUCGGUUAUAUUGCAGAUAUCGCAGUUGUUUAUCC